AGGUUGGCUGAGCCUCACAGUGCUUCACCGGAUUCCGCACCAUCAGAAAGAGAGAUGUCUGACAAAAAUGUCCAGAAUGCUGGUUUCACUUCCUCUGGGAUCUCACGAGGAUCGCUUGCUUCAUCGAUGAUGUCCCGAGAAGCAAGAAUCGGGGGAGGUGUGCAUUCUGGAGGUCCUACUGCUACUCUCCAAGGAAUGGGUGCCAGAGGCUCAACCCAUUCAUCAGGUUUUACUAGCAGUGGAAUCUCCAGUGGAUCCCGGGCCUCCCAGAUGAUGUCCCAGGAGGCCAGAUCUAAUGGCGGUGGAACUCCCAGGGGUGGUACCACUUCCACUGUUCAGUCCGUCUCAAUGGGUGGCAAAGGAGGAAGGCACUGAACAGAAGAAAAACAUCAAUCCAGAAGUAAGCUCUGCAAGCAGUUCGUCCUUUACUGACAGAGUCAUUUGACAGCUUUUCCCCUUCUUUGCUCUCCCUGUCACUGACAUGAAAGGCAAAGUCUUUUUCACAUGCACAACUAAAGUUUAUGUUAAAAUGAUGUAUUCUUGCAUUAAAUAAAUGGGGGCAGGGACAAGGA